AUGCUGCCCAGGCUCGUACUCUGCCUGGCCUGCUGUGCCGCGCUCGUAAUAGCCCAAGACCAACAACAGGCAGCCGUCGACGACAGCAACAAUGUUAACGACAAUAAUAAUCGACAACCACCGAUAACGACGACGCCGAUGAGGCGACGUUUUCUUGUGCCGAGAGUGAGAUCGUUGUCGCCGUCGCCGGCCGUAGUCGUCGCCGCUACGAGUGCUAAUAAUAAUGAGGUGCGACACGACGAUGUUGAUAAUAAUAAUAACGAUAAUAGGCCCUGUGUUGGUGCUUGUGCCUUGUCUCGGCGACGCUCCAUCGUCGCCAAUAAUAACGUCAAUGUCGUCGAGGCGAUGAGCGUCAGGAAUGAUAGUAGUGGUGUUGUUGUGGCGACCGGCAGAGCUGCUGCUACCGAUGCCGAGGACGACGAUCGAGACGACGACGACGAUACGGCUGUAGAAGAGGGCCGAGGCAAGAAGAAGAAGAUGAAGGGCAUGGGCAAGUACAUAGUGGCGUUCGCCGGAUUCAUGAAGGCCGCCCUGCUCUACAUGAAGAUCCAUCUGGUGGCGAUGCUCGCGGGCAAGGCCCUGGUGGUGGCCAAGGUCGCGCUGGCCAUUGCGCUCGCGGUGGCACUGAAAAAAUCGUCGGGACACAAAACUUCUUACGAGAUAGUGAAACAUCCCCAAUUCAGCCAGGGGCAUACACAUAGCCAGAGCGUCGAUUACGAUCACGGAGGUGGCUACGAGGGCAGCCGGUGAACAGACUGAGAGAGACACUUCGAGAGGCC